AUGGCGGCCGAAGAUCAAGAAGAUCCUCUUAUCAAGGCAUUGCCUCCUGCCAGUGACUAUCUGACUUAUUUGACUAUUCUUGAAUAUCAAUUAACGCCUGUUCGCCUGCCAAUACUUCACCGUGUUCUUCAAGAUGAGACCCUGACUACUAAUAUUGGCUGGGAUCUUGUACAGCUACUCCUGCCCCUGUUGCCGGCUUCUGAGGAUUGUUUGCAGGAUAUUGCACGGCUUGGGAAUCCUCGAGAAGUUAUUCUAAGGGUUUCAGAUGCCCUGAUGACUUUGCAACCGUCAUUAGACGAAGAAGAAAACGAAGCCACAGUAUCUGAUGAAGACUACCCUCAACUAGACACCUCAUCGGAUUCCGCGGAGAAGCCGGUUCCGCUGCAUAUUUUACAAUUCAACAGUCUUGUUUCCAUGCUUACUGUGCUCCAUGCCAGGAUCAAAACCAAAUAUCCUAGUCGCUUCAUUGCUACAUCGCUCCACGCCGCCCUUGAAGCAUAUACAGAAUACCCUACACUUGAAACCACUACAGCGAUAGUGGAAUUUUUAAGAGACAUAUCCGGGAAUAAAAGGCCUGCCCUUCCGCCCCGAAAUGCAAGUGAGCAGCUUAUUCAACGUACAACUGGUGCACAGGCUCCAGAUCCGGAGGCCGAGGAUGAAGCGCACCCGGAAAACUCCACCGCCCAAGAGACCGCCUUAAUCCAGAAACUCGUCCAGUUUGGACUUAUGGAAGCUCUCAAAAUUUUUCUUCUCCAUUGCACCGGUAAGGCGCCUCCCGGGAUGCAAUGGACCAUUCGGGUUCAAGAGAAGUUAGACAAGGAUUCUGCUCCAUCACCAUUUGACCUAGGGGACUACUUUAGUCGAAUUGAGCAUGCAAAAGAAAGAGAUACUACAGUUGGAAAGAUAUUGGCAUUAUCCAGGGAUUUCGGACUUGAAUCGAAAGAUUUACUGCAAGUAGCAUUAAACCGUGGUGACAGCGAUGCAUCACCUCUAGAUUUUGAAAAUCUACCCAAGUCUGCAGCAGAAAUUCCUUUAGAACCCCAUGGAUGUCUUAUUAUGCUCGCCGCACGCUAUUCCACUGCUGUGCUUUUCGACUCUACACAGCCAGAAACAAAUACCUCCGUCUAUAGAAACAUCCCAAACAUUUUUGAAAAUUUCCUAAGAUCGAACGAGAAAGAAAGCAUCAAAGACGUUGCAGCAGAAGCCCCAAUUCCACUCCUUGAUUCUCUUCUGGUGCUUGCUCUGAUAUCUAUUCACCGUGAACCGAACUCUAUGGUGCGAGAUGAAUAUUCAUUUAAGCAAUUACUGCUUACCAUAGUUGCGUGUGUCAGAGUCCCCAGCAUGCGACGAUUAAGCCGCGUUGAAAGAGUGCCUUUGGCCUUGUUCCAUACUUACCCGAAUGCCCAGACUAAAUACGACCUCAUUUUUUCUAUAUUCAGUGACGAUGAGCUUCAAUAUGCCAGGGAACCAGCGAUAAGUUGGCUCAAACAGGAACUGCUUAACACAACACAAGAUAUCGUAGAGUCAGUCAUACCUAAUCCAUUUAUGAAGUCCGACUCAUUUUCUACCCUUUUCCGAGCCAUCUACAAACCUCUUCCCAGCAGCUAUUCAUCCCUAUCCUCCCUAUCCACUUCAGCUUUAUUUGCCGAAGUGAUCAAUUUUACCCAACAUGAUUCUACUCUUUAUAUCUCUGCGCUUAACUUUUAUUAUCUGCUCUGCAAAUCAGACGUCUUAAGACAGGGCUUGAAACUCCAGGAGCUGAAUGCUGGAUUCAGAAGAGACUAUUUGAAUCCGAUGAAAGCGUUUGCUCAGAGUCUCACCAAGGAUCCUACGAUUGGUGAGAGAGUUGAAAAGGAGUUUGAUGAAGGAUUGGCACAUAUGUCGAAGUCGGUGGCAGAUGUUGUGUUGCAUGUUAUCGGGGAAAUUGAGAUAGUGGAAUGGGAGGAUUCAACACACUCAGCAUAG